UUAUUUUUUACGCAGUAAAAGUCACUCUACUACGUGAAGAAAAAAAGCACGUGGUCUGCGGCAUUCAAUCGAAUUGUGUGAUUUCUGUUGACUUUUAAUGAAUAUCUAAUUUUUUUUGGUACCGGAUAUUAGUAUGUAUCUAUUGACUUGCUUGAGCAAAUUUUUGCAUCAUUUAUAAUAAAAAGAUUAGCAUCCAUGGAGAAACUGUUAUGAGUGGUGUCAAGACGUAUGUUAAUAUCUCUCAUUUUGAAGAAGUUCUUCAAACUGCAAAAGUGUCUCUUGCUUCGAAACUCGGCUUCAAUAUGCUACACGACGAGCGCUACGGUUCCGUCUACGCCAACUUCUCGGACGGAAAUUAUAGCCCAUCUUCCAGCCCAAUAUCUGUCAUGUCCAACACGACUCCCGUGCCAAGUCCAGUGCAGGGUGACGCCGUCUCAGGAGCAAGAACCUUCUGUGAUUUGACUAACUGUAGUCCAUCGAAAUCUGUGUCAAACGUCAGUACUACUUUUGUGUUUCCCGAUCCUAAUUUUGUUUACAGAAACACUCUGCCUACAUCUAUAACCAGAUCCACACGUCACUAUAACGCUAUCGCUCCUAAAACGAUUUCAGAUCUGAGCAACACUUUUACAUUUAACCAUCAACUAGACAAAACUUUGGAAACUUCCGCACAAACUUUAAUACAAUCUAGUGAAAUGCCGCAAAAUUAUGCUGGCAACUACCGUAUCUUCCAGAACCAGCCAGUAAUGAACAUGAACUCAGGUUUCGUAGCAGAGGAUGAGAUGGAUGAAGAAGAUGAUGAAAUUUACGAUGACAAUAGCAUCUUGUCGCCUCGUAGUUGUUCGAAAAGGAAAGUGUCAGAGAGACCACCUUCGCCGGCAGUCGUAAAGAAACGUCGGCUAGCCGCUAACGCAAGGGAAAGAAGACGAAUGCACAGUUUGAACGUCGCGUUUGAUCGUCUCAGGGACGUCGUACCUUCAAUCGGUAAUGACAGAAAGCUAUCCAAAUACGAAACAUUACAAAUGGCUCAAAGCUAUAUUACAGCUCUCAGUGAAUUGUUACUUAGGGAAUAGACUUCUCUAAUCCCCCCCCCGUGUGAAUAUUUUACCUCUACCGAGAACUGUGCCAAUUUUUAAAGAAAAAAUUAGUAGGUUAUAACGGCUUUUGCCUGUGAUGUUUCGCAAGUGUACUUAGCCCUCAAAGUUUUAAAAAUCCCAACUAGUUUACAGACAAUUAAGAAAGCAAAUGAUAAAGAAAAUAUAUUAAAACAUUUAAAUGAGAUUUGAAAACAAUGAACAUUAUCAUCUCUGCUGUCUUCAUUUGCUUUAACAAAUUAUUCUAUGAAUUUCCUGCAAAAAUAUCAAAGUAGGUUUGAUAAAAAAAAUAUUUUGUGAAAUUUUUAUUACUAUGCUAUUUUUAAUCUGAAAAUUUAAAAUGUACGUAAUUCUAUUGCAACUUAGUAAUUUUAACUGCCAGAUAAAACAAAUGCAUAAAAUUGCAUUUAUUACUUUCAGAACACUGUUCAAAUAAACUCAGGUUUUAUUUUAUAUAUUUAGACUGUUAAUUGUUAAAUAUGAAAGUGCAAAAAUCUGAAAUAUUUCUAAAGACUAUGGUGAAAUAUUUAUGUACUUCGUAUUCCUGGACUCUUUUACUUAGAAGAGAAGUGAAACAAUACUUUUUAAGUAGUUAUGUAUGGUAUUUUACAUGUAAAAAUUUAGUCAGUUAUGUUUGCCAUGUCAGUAUUCUAGUCUGUGCAGAUGGAGUUAUAUACUUAAAUUAUCCCUUAAAUCACAACAUGCUAAUUUGCACAGAUUUCUAUACAGUUACUCAGUCAGAGUAGAACUGUAUCUAAAAUACUAAAUUAAUCUCUAGUGGUAUGUAAGCAAUAUCAGAUUUUAAUGCACUGUAAAAAUUUAAGUGUAUAUGUUUAUGUAUCACAAAAUCACGCGCAACCAUAUGAAAUUUAUACUGUUUCUGGUAUAGAUUCAGUCAAGUUUAAAUAUCCGAAUUAUUUGCAGUUUGCACCAGUUUUAAAACUGAAACUAAAUUUAUAAUGUGAGAUAUCAAAUUUUUAAUCUUCAAGACUUUAUGCCAUUUUUUAUGUCAUAUGAGCUAUGUUAACUGCCAUAUUUUGUUGUAUUUUAAUACCUUUGUUACGAUUCCUUAAGACUGAAACGCAACAGAAUUAUCGUUUUUCCAGUGAAGAUUUUAUUUUUUAUACAUAAGUAUUAUACGCGCAUAAAUUAGCAUUACUAUUCAUUCCGAGUAAGAAUGAUUUUUUGUUUUGUACGUAAAUAAAUCUGUUUACUGUAUAUUUUUAUAUGA